UCUGCAGAAAUCCUCGCUGACUCCCGAGUACCCGACGCCGCCUCUAGGGCCGCCCCGCGCUCUUGUACAUGCCAUCAUCCCACCAAGCUCCAGGGGGCGACAGCGAGCCUUCGGGCAGCUCGGCUUGCGACUGGCUCGGCCAGAGUUCCGUCCAAUCAGCGGACAGCGACGCUCCUCCUUAAGGAAGUGACGCGUGCGGAACCCGGCGGGGCCGGUAGGAGCGAUGCGGACGCUGGAACGCUGCUAGUGGUGCCGCGAAGAUGGAGUUUCCCGGAGGAAAUGACAAUUACCUGACGAUAACUGGGCCCUCGCAUCCCUUCCUGUCAGGGGCCGAGACCUUUCAUACACCAAGCUUGGGCGAUGAGGAAUUUGAAAUCCCACCCAUCUCCUUGGACUCUGACCCUUCCCUGGCUGUCUCAGAUGUGGUUGGUCACUUUGAUGACCUGGCAGACCCGUCUUCCUCACAGGACGGCAGCUUUGCAGCUCAAUAUGGAGUUCAGACAUUGGACAUGCCUGUGGGCAUGACCCACGGCUUGAUGGAGCAGGGCGGGGGGCUCCUGAGUGGGGGCCUGACUAUGGACCUGGACCAUUCUAUAGGAACUCAGUAUAGUGCCAACCCACCUGUUACAAUUGAUGUACCAAUGACAGACAUGACAUCUGGCUUAAUGGGGCAUAGCCAGUUGACUACUAUUGAUCAGUCAGAGCUGAGUUCUCAACUUGGAUUGAGUUUAGGAGGUAGCACCAUCUUGCCACCUGCCCAGUCACCUGAGGAUCGUCUUUCAACUACUCCGUCACCUACCAGUUCACUUCACGAGGACGGCGUUGAUGAUUUCCGGAGGCAACUUGCGAGUCAGAAGACAGUGGUAGUGGAAACAGGGAAAAAGCAAAAGGCUCCCAAGAAGAGAAAAAAGAAAGACCCUAAUGAACCUCAGAAGCCAGUAUCUGCGUAUGCAUUAUUCUUCCGUGAUACUCAGGCUGCCAUCAAGGGACAGAACCCUAAUGCUACCUUUGGUGAGGUGUCGAAGAUUGUGGCUUCCAUGUGGGACAGUCUUGGAGAAGAGCAAAAGCAGGUGUAUAAGCGGAAAACUGAAGCUGCCAAGAAAGAGUAUCUCAAGGCGCUGGCUGCUUAUAAAGACAAUCAGGAGUGUCAGGCUACUGUGGAAACAGUGGAAUUAGAUCCUGUCCCACAGUCACAGACUCCGUCACCUCCUCCUGUGACUGCUGCUGACCCAGCAUCUCCAGCACCAGCCUCAACAGAGUCACCUGCUUUGUCCCCUUGCAUUGUAGUUAAUUCCACACUUUCAUCUUACGUGGCAAACCAGGCAUCCUCAGGGGCCGGAGGUCAGCCCAAUAUCACCAAAUUGAUUAUUACCAAACAAAUGUUGCCUUCUUCUAUUACUAUGUCUCAGGGAGGAAUGGUUACUGUUAUCCCAGCCACUGUGGUUACUUCCCGUGGGCUCCAAUUAGGUCAAACAAGUACAGCUACUAUUCAGCCCAGCCAGCAGGCCCAGAUUGUCACUCGGUCAGUAUUGCAGGCGGCAGCAGCAGCUGCUGCUUCUAUGCAACUGCCUCCACCCCGACUCCAGCCUCCUCCAUUGCAACAGAUGCCUCAGCCUCCAACUCAACAGCAAGUCACCAUUCUGCAGCAACCGCCCCCACUUCAGGCCAUGCAACAACCUCCACCUCAGAAAGUUAGAAUAAAUUUACAACAGCAGCCGCCGCCUCUGCAGAGCAAGGUUGUGCCUCCACCCACUCUAAAAAUGCAGACUGCCCUGAUCCCUCCAGCUGUGGAGAGCAGCCCUGAGCAGCCUCUGACCUGCAGCCCCGAGGUCCACACAGCAGAGGCAACCUCUCCUGAGACAAUUUGUGAAAUGAUCACAGAUGUAGUUCCUGAGGUGGAGUCUCCUUCUCAGAUGGAUGUUGAACUGGUGAGUGGAUCCCCUGUGACACUGUCACCUCAGCCUCGAUGUGUGAGGUCUGGCUGUGAGAACCCUCCUGUCAUCAGUAAGGACUGGGACAACGAGUACUGCAGCAAUGAAUGCGUGGUGAAGCACUGCAGGGAUGUAUUCUUGGCCUGGGUGGCCUCUAGAAAUCCAAACUCUGUGGUGUUUGUGAAGUAGCCUUUCCUCUCCUCCAAGUCUUGAAGAUUCAUCUGCUGGACACAAGUCCAGGAGCCUGUAUUUGAAACACAAGCUGGGCUUCUUCUGGUAGUGCCUGACCUUUUACACCCAUAGUCCUUCGUGCCCCUACCUUUUCUUCAGCAAAGGCCAGACUAAGGAACAGGGCCAGUGAAUUUACUGUGAUUUGGAAUUUGCUUUCACUCUCAACUACAAGCAAAAUUGCCAGGUUAAUAGUACAGGGAAGGGUGAAGGGAACAUGGAGCAAAUCAGAGAGGAUUAUUAGAAAAAAUCUGUCAAUAACAUUGACAGAAACUUGCCUAAAAUGUUACUGGGAAAGUGCUUAGCUCUGUUCCUAGGAGGAAACAGCACUGGGAUAUAAGGGGCUUAGGGUUACAGCUCAGUGAUAAAGGGCAUUGGGUUUGAAUGAAAAAGAGGAAUGAAAAUACGGAGUUAAAAUACCCCCUUUAAAAGGGAAUUGCAAUUAUUAGAACAAAGGUUUGUGAGGCUGGGUCUAGCACUAACAAAGCUCUGAGUUCAGUUCCCAGGCAGAAAGGAUCAGGAGUUCAAGGUCAUCCUCAGCCACUAGUAAGUUUGAAACCAGUCUUAGGCCACAUGAGGCAAAGGUAGAAUAAAGGUUUUGCAGAGCCUGGUGGCCCAUGCCUUUAAUCCUUUAAUUUUGGAGGUGAACAUAGGUAGAUUUCAAAAAACAGAGGCUGGGUAUGUUGGUACUCUCCUUUAAUCCCAGCAGUUGGGAGGUAGAGGCAGCUUGGGUCCGAGUUUGAAGCUAGCCAGGGUUACAUAGUAAGAUCCUGUCUCAAGGUCCCCUCCUCAUUCCUCCUCUCUCUCAGCACAUUGGACUGGAGGGGAGAUGACAUCAUCCAGGAUUUUUUUCCUCUACAAGCAUUUCUGCAGUCAAAACUUUCUUUACCUGACUUGAUUACUAGUUUUGCAUGUAAGAGGCAGAACUCUAUACCCUUAAUGAGAGGUUUUGCGAAGUAAAGAAGUUGUGUUUGAUGAAA